AUGGCGCCCAUCUCCAUCCCUACCACCGCGCGACUACCCUCCUCUCUACGCGUCGACCCCUCCAACCCAGCCGUCUUCAAGAUCCUCAACCGGCUCUCUCGCGCCUCUCUCCUCACACUUGCACUCGACUGGCUCGACGAGCGCAACCUCGCCCUAGCAGCUCCCUACCUCCGACCACCCUCCUCCUCCGAAUACGAUGACGAAGAAGACGAAGACGAAUAUGCCGACGACUUCAACCCGCCCUUGCGCUCCCUCGACGCGCUACAGGAGCUUUAUACAAGUCUGCAAUCGCGCAAGGGUUCCAAGCGGGAGGUGAUUGACAGGAUUAUCGAGGGAGACUGGCGCCAUGGUCUGACGCUGUAUCAGCUGGCCAUGGCGGAUAUCCAGUACCUGUAUGAUCAUCCUACGUCUCAAAAGUGGGCGGCUUAUCGCAUUAUGCCUUUGAAGCCGGUGUCUACAAACGACGAGGAGGAAGAACAACAACCACCGGAAAUCGACCAAGAAUCGCUCGUCAUACCAAGAUUUCAUCCUUCUACGUUCCUAAAGAACCUUCAAGCCCAGGUGCCGCCGGACGUCAAGGCGCAUUACAACUUCGACCGCCACCGCACUCUACCUCUGUCAAUCUUGCGCAUCUUCAUCCUCGACUCACCCUACAACACCAGCCUCGGCUUACAAUCCGGCUCCUCCUCCUCCAAGGGCACUCGUACUGCCCGUAAAUCAACAACAACCUUCGACACCUCCCGCACCGUCUACAUCGCCUUCCCCGACGCCUCUCCCUACAUCUACAUCUCCAAACCACAACUCCUCUCUGGUUCUGCUCCUACCACUGGCACAGGCUCUUCCACAACAGCCGCAGCGAAAGUCACAGGGAUCAACACCACAGCCGGCGAAGCCAAAUCCCUGCAGCACUUACUGUUAGUCGGCAUCCCGGCGGCUUUAUCCCGUCCCCGCCAGCGCUUCUGUCUAAAACCAACAAACUUGGCAACGCGCAACCUGAACGAGCUUCUGGACCGUCGCGGCGGGGCGAAUACGCGACAGGGAGCGGCAGGUGGGGGGUGGAGUAUUUACGCUGAUGAGAUGCGUGAAAAGGGCAAGGGGAAGAAAGGGAAUAGGGAGACGCCGUUGGAUACGGUGCUGCCGUCACCUCCGCUUUCGGAAGAGGAGAAUGAGGCUGAGGGGGCAGGGAAAGGGAACGGGAAAGGGGAGGGGAAUAAGAGGGCUGAACCGCCGCUUUCACUUAGCGCAAAGAGGGAAGAGAGGGAAAGGAAGCGCAGAAGGUUGGUAGCGAAAGCGAGGUUCGCUGAUACGGGACUGGUGGGAGACGGGAAGGGUGUGGAGAGGGUGGAUAUUAUUAUUGAGGAUGAGUUUCCUUCUUCUCCUUCUAACCAACAUUCGUCCUCUACUCAACCUUCCUCAUCUACUUCUUCCUCGUCCUCGUCUUCUUCUUCCCGAGACAGAGACAGAGACACAGAAAGAGAUACCCCCGGUGACAGGGGGUCUAGCUCUUCAUCAACAGCAGAGAAGCAAAAGCAGGAAGAAUGGCGACCAACCGUCAAACUAACAUUCCACGGCUCCCACGUCUUCGCAGGCAUCAGACAGCUAGUUGAAGCAGGGAUUAUCGACGGAGAGAAAAUGCCAGGGUGGAUGACGGGCGAGGAGGGUGUGACUGUUGGGAAGGUUAGGGAGGGAAGGAUUAGGGGGAAUAAGGGGAGUGGACUUUGA